AUGUUCUCACCUGAAGACCGUGACUUGAGUACAGAACCGUUCCACUGUAACGCUGAUGGCUGUAAUUUCCAUUGUGACAAUUGUGAAAGAAUGGUUGAACACAUCAGAGAGCACCAUAACACUGACCCCAUGAUCAAUACAUUUGAAACAACAGAAGACACAUUUAGAAGAAUAACGGCCAUCAAAAUAGACAAGACAGGCAUCGAAGAACUUAACCCUCUAAAAUACAGAUGCUUGUAUUGCGACGAGUUAUUCACCGAAGCAGAAGAUCAUGCCAUCCAUAUGAUUUCACAUCUCACAGAAAAAUUAUCACCAGAUAUAUCUUUCUUUUUCAACGACAUUUUACGCCUUUACAAAACUAUCGACAAACCAACAGUACAAAAUUUAUUUCCAGAAACACAAGUCGCAAUUUUUGACACACUUGAAGAAACAAACAGAUUCAGACUUAUCGUAGGAAGAGAAGCCAUAGAAACAAUUGAAGAAGCAUUCCCUCCAAGUCCACCAGGAACAGAUCGGAAACCAUCCAUAAUCAUCACAGACACCUGUCAACUCAGGUUUGUACCAUGCAUGGAUGAACCACCAAAAGGAGAUCUCGGAAUUCUGACUCUACUUUUAAGAGAUUUCAGCGCACACAAUAUCCCGAUUAAAUCACUGAACAAUAAGGAACUAAUUGCUGAUAAAGACAUCGAUUACAGCCCAGAUUUUGUCGAAGGAGCUCUAGCCAACGCAGAAGAACAUGAUACAACGAACAGCCAGAACAACAAUGGAAGAUACAUUAACUCAGCCGAAAAACUUACAGAAUUUUUAAUACAAUGUGAAGACUACUUAACGAACAUCAAAACACUUGAAGACUUAGAACGUUUCUACACAACGAUUAAAGACUACAGAGUCAACAAAGAGGUUAUCGCCGAAGAUACACCAAUCUUUGUAUAUUUCCUAGUAGAAGAAGGGAAAUUACCAAAACCAGGUCUUAGAUGCCCACUUGAAUCAUACGAAGGACACGAAGACAAGGCAUUCGAAUCACUGAGAAAACUUUGCGACCACUUCAAAGGAGAAAUCGCGAAAACGAGCUUUGACCCAAAGGUUCACACCAUAGACAUCUGGGUUGAAUUUUUGGCCCAAGCCUAUGGCACAGGCACGUUUGUCUACAAAGAUGAAAACGGAAACAUCGACCUUGAUACGCACGUAUUCAAAUGCCCUUAUGCAGACUGCUCAUACACGAACAACGACAGAUCAAAACUCAUGGACCACAUGAAAACGAAGAAACACGCCAAGAACGUAUACAUCGAGAGAUACGGCUUCUUUUGGGGUAUUGUCAUAGAAGGAGUCAACCGACCAAAAGGAAUCGUCUACCCGACACUCAAAGACAUCAAAGAACACGCUUGUCGCAAAUGUCCAGAAGCAGGAUGCAACACAUAUGUAACAGAAUUGAGCGACAUCAAAGAACAUCUAAAGAAGAAACAUAAGUCUACAACAGCAGGAGUAGACGGAGAAAUCGCGCACACUGAUGCUACAUACUGCUGGAUUACCAAAGAAGAACUCGACGCAUUACAUGCCGAGAGAGCAAGAGAAAGAGCAGAGCAAGUAGACAACACUCCAGUACAACAGAUAAUUAAUGCUGACAACAAUGAAGAGAACAACGAGAACCAAGAAGACAACGGAAACAACGAAGAAGCAGAUGCCCUCGACCCGCCAAAUAACACAACAGAGACAGAAGAUGAAGCGGUUCAUGCCGUCAUCAUCAAUCCACCAGCAACAGAAGAGGAAGAGGUAGCCAUCAUCGCCGAGGCAAGAAGAAACAUUCCAGAACUCCAACAAGCAGAAGAGAGAGGCUGCGUUACACCGAAAAUGACAUCACUCGUCCGAUUAAAACUAUUGAAAGGAGGAGGAGAACUUUUCAACAAGAAACUCACUCCAUUAGCCACAAGAUACGCAGCUACAGGAAAUACAGAAGCAGACAAAAUCAAGGUAGAUUACUUGACACUAAAAUGCAAUGCCGCCUUGAGAGAAAUGAUCUACACCAAUAACCACAGCGAACCAAAGUUUAUGACAGCAGAAAAUGGAGAAGACACAGGAGAAGACACAGCACCACCGCCAAGGAUAUCGGAAGACACAAGGAUCGCAUUCAAAAAGCAGCCAAUGAAAUAA